CAAAUAAUCGGGUCGGGCACUUUCCGGAACUUUCCGACUCGACCUUUCUUUCUCACUGUUCCUCUCUGUCCCCUAUAAAAACCGAAUAAUCACGGCGCUGCUUGUUCUAUCAUUUUCCUCUCUCCUCUCUCGCUCUUCAAACUCCAAAUUAUAAAUAACACAAACCUGAAAAACUCCAAUUUCAAAAAACAUAAUAACGUACAUAAAUCAUACACGCAAAAUAUAAUAAAUUCAAUUUCCAAUUGGUAAUCCCUUCCCUCUCUAGGAGUUCUCUCUGUCAUUUGAUAUGGAGGCGGCCAUGGACGAGCAGCAGAACUUAGGGCAAGUCCAAGGGGAGGAAGGCGAAGCCGGGCCUCCAGCUCCCCCUCCACCGCCGGCAGCGCCAGAAUCGCAAUCUCAGGGAGGCGAGGAGGAAGAAGAUGAGGAGGAAGAGGAGGAGGUUAAGAAUGAAUACGACGAAUUGGCUGCCAAGGCUCAGAAGCUUAUGGACAAGAUCACUGCCGCGCCUGAUAACCCUAAUCCUACCGUUCUUCACGCCCUCGCCUCGCUUCUUGAAACCCAAGAAUCUCGAUACAUGGAAGAGAAUGGUCAUUCAUCCAGCAAUGGUCGGACUUCACAUAACAUUGGACGGCUAGGGACCUUAGUCCGGGAUCAUGAUGAUUUCUUUGAAUUAAUAUCUUCAAAGUACCUGUCAGAUGCAAGAUACUCCGUUGCUGUGCAAGCAGCUGCCGGAAGGCUGCUUUUAACCUGUUCACUAACCUGGAGUUAUCCUCAUGUUUUUGAAGACGCUGUUUUGGAGAGAAUAAAAGAUUGGGUGAUGGAUGAGACUUCAAUCUCAUCGGUUGAAUACCAGAAUUGGAAGCAUGAUUUGGGGGGAAAGGAGGUCUCAGAUUUUGAAAUGCUGAAGACCUAUUCUACUGGACUUCUUGCUGUAUGUUUGGCUGGUGGCGGUUCAGUAGUAGAAGAUGUGUUGACAUCUGGGCUGUCAGCCAAACUUAUGCGUUAUCUUCGCAUGCGUGUUUUGGGGGAGACGAGUAUUUCUCAGAAGGAUGUUACUCAUUUAACAGAGAGCAAAAAUACCUUGGGUGCGAUUUGCAUAAGAGGUAGAGAUGAAGGUCGGGGUAGGGCUCGGCAGGUUUUGGAACCAAAUCAUUUUGAUGGUCCACGGAUAACAGAUGAGAGAUGUUUAGAUGACCGGAUUGUUGAAGGGGAUCAUGUCAGGAGUAUCAGUAGGCAAGCGUUUGGUGAAGAACAAUGGGUUGAUGGUGGAAAACCACCUGAUGGAUUGGCUGAAGACGUUGAGAUCAAUGAUGCUGAUGGAAAGAUGAAAUCUGGAGAUCUUGAUGAAAAUGGGAGAGAUGACUCCUCAAGGCGCAGACCCAACCGUGGAUGGACAAGAUCUAGAGGGAAGGGAAGGACCAAUGAAGGACCUCUAGAGGAUCAACAGCUCUUGACCUCUCCAGGAUCUGGUAGUAGGUUGGGACAUGGGAGGAGCCCUAGAGAUAGGAGUUCGCUAAAAAAUUCUGAUGUGAAAAAAAUACCAGACUCUAGGAAGUUAGCGGAUGUUGUCUUUCUGGAAAGGGCGGAUAAUGAUGACUGUUUCCAGGACUGCAGAGUUGGAUGUAAAGAUAUCUCUGAUCUAGUUAUGAAAGCAGUGAGAUCUGCAGAAGCUGAAGCUAGAGCAGCCAAUGCACCUGUAGAAGCAAUUAAAGCUGCUGGUGAUGCUGCUGCUGAAGUUGUCAAAAGUGCCGCUUUAGAGGAAUUCAGAACUACAAAUAAUGAAGAAGCUGCAGUUUUGGCUGCUUCAAGAGCAGCAUCUACUGUCAUUGAUGCUGCUAAUUCAGUUGAAGUUUCAAGGAGCUCUAGUGGCAUCAAUGCCGAAUCAAUGACUUCAAGCUGCACAGAACCAGAAAACCAUGUAGAUGCCGAAGAAUAUUUCAUCCUGGAUGCUGAGUCCCUUGCACAGCUGAGAGAAAAAUACUGUAUUCAAUGUCUUGAGACUCUAGGAGAAUAUGUCGAAGUUCUUGGACCUGUACUGCAUGAAAAGGGGGUGGAUGUAUGUCUUGCACUGCUGCAACGAAAUUCUAGACAUAGAGAGCCGUCAAAAAUUGCGAUGCUUUUGCCUGAUGUAAUGAAGCUCAUCUGUGCCUUGGCUGCUCAUCGUAAAUUUGCUGACUUGUUUGUGGAUAGGGGUGGCAUGCAGAAACUGCUUGCUGUUCCUAGGGUUGCUCAAACCUUCUUUGGUCUUUCUUCAUGCCUAUUUACCAUCGGCUCUCUCCAGGGAAUUAUGGAGCGUGUUUGUGCUCUUCCUUCAGAUGUGGUUUACCAGGUGGUUGAAUUAGCUCUUCAACUUCUUGAGUGCUCACAGGAUCAGGCCAGGAAAAAUGCAGCCUUAUUUUUUGCUGCUGCAUUUGUUUUCAGGGCAGUUCUUGAUGCUUUUGAUGCUCAGGAUGGAUUACAGAAAUUACUGGGCCUUUUAAAUGAUGCCGCAUCUGUAAGAUCUGGAGUAAAUUCUGGGGCAUUAGGGCUCCCUAGUUCAGGAACACUACGGAAUGACAGGUCACCUGCAGAAGUACUGACUUCAUCAGAGAAACAAAUAGCUUACCAUGCUUGUGUUGCUUUGCGCCAGUACUUCAGAGCACAUCUUAUUAUGCUUGUGGAUUCUAUUCGUCCAAAUAAGAACACUCGAAGUGGAGCUCGGAAUCUUCCAAGUGUAAGGGCUGCUUACAAGCCACUUGACAUCAGUAAUGAAGCUAUGGAUGCAAUAUUUCUGCAGCUACAGAAGGACCGAAAGCUGGGUCCUGCAUUUGUGAGAACUCGUUGGUCUGCAGUCGAUAAGUUUUUGGGUUCUAAUGGACAUAUUACUAUGUUGGAGUUAUGCCAGGCUCCACCCAUUGAGCGUUAUUUACAUGAUUUACUUCAAUAUGCAUUGGGUGUUCUACAUAUUGUUACAUUGGUCCCUAGCAGCCGCAAGUUGAUCGUGAAUUCUACAUUAAGCAAUAAUCGUGUUGGUAUAGCUGUCAUUUUGGAUGCAGCAAGUGUUGGUGGUAGCUAUGCGGACCCUGAGAUCAUUCAACCGGCACUUAAUGUGUUGGUCAAUCUCGUCUGUCCUCCACCAUCAAUCAGUUAUAAAGCACCUUUACUUGCACAAGGACAGCAGUCAGUUUCUGCCCAACCCUCUAGUGGUCCUUGUGGGGAAUCAGCUGUAGCUGACCGAGGCAGUGCGGCAGCCCCUGGUACACAGUCCAAUAGUAGCAGCGCUCAAGCUCCUGCUGCCACUGCAACUUCAGGAUUGGUGGGGGAUCGCCGAAUAUCUUUAGGAGUUGGGGCAGGUUGUGCAGGCAUGGCUGCACAAUUAGAGCAAGGCUAUCGCCAAGCAAGGGAGUCUGUUCGCGCCAACAAUGGUAUAAAGGUUCUUCUGCAUCUCCUCCAACCACGCAUAUAUUUUCCUCCUGCAGCACUGGACUGUCUCCGUGCACUUGCUUGCCGAGUCCUUCUUGGUUUAGCCAGAGAUGAUACUAUUGCACAUAUAUUGACAAAGCUCCAGGUUGGAAAGAAACUAUCAGAACUAAUUCGAGAUUCAGGGAGCCAGACAAAUGGAACUGAACAAGGCAGGUGGCAAGCUGAACUUUCACAGGCAGCGAUUGAGCUCAUUGCAAUUGUGACAAAUUCAGGACGAGCUAGCGCAUUGGCUGCCACUGAUGCUGCGAUGCCAACAUUGAGGCGUUUAGAAAGGGCAGCUAUAGCUGCUGCCACUCCUAUCACUUACCAUUCCAGGGAACUACUGCUGUUAAUACAUGAACACCUUCAAGCAUCUGGGUUGGCCGCAACAGCUGCCUCUCUGCUAAAAGAGGCUCAGUUGAUGCCUUUGCCAUCUUUGGCUGCCCCCUCAUCUCUUGUUCAGCAAGCCACUCAAGAAGCUCCUUCAGGGCAACUUCAGUGGCCCUCUGGUCGAACCCCUAGUGGGUUUCUUACAAACAAAUCAAAGUUUACUGCAAAGGAUGAGGAAAUAAGUUUCAAAUUUGAUUCUGCAUUCUCGUAUUUGAAGAAAAAACCUCUAGUGUUCUCUCCUAAUUUAGGUCUACUGUCAAAGAAUCAGUCUCAGUCUCAGUCUCAUGACUCUCACCCCGCAUCAUCCAGGAAAGUUGUUAGUGCAGCAAAACAGUUAUCUGCUUCUGCAAAUGCAUCAGAAACUCCAUCAGUAUCCCUGCCAAAACCUACUACUGAUACAGAGUCCCAUUGUAAGACACCCAUUGUCUUGCCAAUGAAACGAAAAUCAUCUGAGCUGAAGGAUCCUGGGUGUUUGUUAUCUUCUGGGAAACGCCUUCACACUGGUGACCAUGGACUUCGCUCUCCCGUUUGUCUUACACCCACCACGGCGCGCAAGAGUGGCCUACUAACUGAUACUGUUGGAUUCUCUACCCCAACUGCCAACUUGAGAGAUCAGUAUGGUCGAUCAACACCAGCUAUUUUGCCAUCAGAGUUUCCAGAUGAUAACCAGUAUGGUAGUGGCCUUGCAACUCCCGCCUUCCAAUUCGGGCUUCAGAGUGACCCUCAACCAAGCAACUCAGAGCGAUUAACUCUAGACUCUGUGGUUGUUCAGUAUUUGAAGCACCAGCAUCGCCAGUGUCCUGCACCUAUAACCACUCUUCCACCACUCUCUCUUUUACACCCACAUGUUUGUCCUGAGCCAAAACGAAGCCUCGAUGCCCCAUCGAAUGUUACAGCCCGGCUUGGUACACGUGAGUUCAGAAACAUAUAUGGUGGGGUUCACGGUAGUCGCAAGGAUCGUCAGUUUGUUUACAGCAGAUUCCGACCAUGGCGAACUUGUCGGGAUGAUUCAGGUAUCCCUUUGACAUGCAUCUCUUUUCUUAGUGAUUCCUCUCAUAUCGCAGUAGGCAGCCAUGGUGGAGAGCUCAAAAUUUUUGACUCCAAUAGCAGCAACGUACUGGAGAGUUGUGCAAGCCACCAGUCUCCUGUAACGCUUGUUCAGUCACGUCUUUCUGGUGAGACCGAACUUGUGCUUUCGUCAAGCUCCCAGGAUGUGAGGUUGUGGGAGGCAUCUUCAGUCUCUGCAGGGCCUAUGCAUUCCUUUGAAGGGUGCAAGGCUGCAAGAUUUAGCAAUUUCGGGGAUAUUUUUGCUGCUCUACCAACUGAGCCGGCUAGGAAAGAGAUUCUCCUGUAUGACAUCCAAACUGGCCAGUUGGAAUCAAAACUGUCUGAUACAUCUUCUAGCUCUACAGGUCGUGGACAUGUUUAUUCUCAAAUACAUUUCAACCCUUCAGACACAAUGCUGCUUUGGAAUGGGGUCCUGUGGGACAGGCGGGUUUCUACCCCUGUUCAUCGUUUUGAUCAGUUUACGGAUUAUGGGGGUGGUGGCUUCCAUCCUGCUGGCAAUGAGGUGAUUAUAAACUCCGAAGUCUGGGAUCUCCGGAAAUUUAGACUCCUCAGGAGUGUACCUUCAUUAGACCAAACAACGAUAACUUUCAAUGCUCGUGGUGAUGUAAUUUAUGCAAUCCUCAGAAGAAAUCUUGACGAUAUAAUGUCAGCGGUUCACACCCGACGUGUAAAGCAUCCACUCUUUGCUGCUUUCCGCACAGUGGAUGCAAUUAACUACUUUGACAUUGCCACUAUUCCAGUUGAUCGUUGCGUCCUCGACUUCGCAACAGAACCAACUGAUUCUUUUGUUGGGUUGAUCACAAUGGAUGACCAGGAUGAGAUGUUUGCUUCUGCUAGAGUAUAUGAAAUUGGUCGCAGAAGGCCGACCGACGAUGAUUCUGAUCCCGACGACGCUGAGAGUGACGAAGAAGAUGAGGAUUCUGAAGACGACGAUGAUGUGGAUGUGGACCCCAUGCUGGGCCCGGAUCUUGAUGGGGAUGAUAGUGAUAUGGAUGAUAUGAGCAAUGACGAUGAUGAUGAUGGCGUGAGUGACGAUGAUGAUGACGACGACGGAGAUUUCAUCAUGGAUGACUUUGAGGCAGGAGGUGGAAUGCUGGAGAUUGUAACGGACGGAGAGGAGGACGACGACGAUAGUCAGGGGUUCGAAUCGUACAGCAGUGGGGAUGAAGAUUUUGUGAGCAAUGGUUUUGAUGUUUGAAGUAGUAUUUUUUGUCCAGAUGGUGUAAUUAAUAUCUUUGGGUUUCCAUCCAAUGAUUCAUUCUCCAAUGAGAAAAAUGGCCAGUCUCCAUGGUCAAUAGUGUUUUGAGUCGGUGAAACCUAGUCUUAAAAGGGCAACACAGCGGACCAUGGUGGUAUCUUGUGCUAAUAAUGUAACAUUUUGAAAAACUUCUACACGUAUCACUCGCAAAGAGAUCUUCACACAGUGAUGUUCUACGCUAAUAAUGCAACAUUCUAAAGAA